GAAAGAAAAAAGAAAUCCCGCCUUCUGCGCGAUGAUUGGCUGGUUGUUCAAGUUGGCUCGGACUGUUAGCCAAUCAGAGCGCUAGAAGGAAGACGUAGUGAAAGGGAAGCGUUCUCGGUUUGCUGUGUAAACACUUGUGGAAGUAUGAGCUUGUUUCUGCCUAAAUUGUCGUGUAAAAAGCAUGUAGAUGAUGUCAUUAAAGCAGUCGCGGAGAAAGUGCUGGUGUUGCGCUUCGGACGAGAUGAAGACUCCGUCUGCAUGCAGUUGGACGAGAUUCUGUCAAAAACCUCCCACGACCUGAGUAACAUGACCUCUAUCUAUCUUGUGGAUGUGGAUAAAGUGCCAGUUUAUACCCGGUACUUUGACAUCAGUUAUAUUCCUUCAACUGUCUUCUUCUUCAAUGGGCAGCACAUGAAGGUUGAUUAUGGGUCUCCAGAUCAUACCAAGUUUGUCGGAUGCUUUAAAACCAAGCAAGACUUCAUUGAUCUCAUUGAGGUGAUCUUUCGUGGUGCCAUGAGAGGAAAAUUGAUUGUGCGAAGUCCUAUCGAUCCACAAAAUAUUCCUAAAUAUGAUCUGCUCUACCAUGGGAUUUAGCUGUGAAUUGUUUCACCGCAAAUUUGGAGGUUGGGUUUGCAAAGUGGGGGAUUAAUUACAAAGGAUAUGAAGACGAAAGCAUGGCUUUGAGGUGUUUGCUUGUAUUUGUAAAGCAAAUGAAUGCCAACAACAAUAUAGUUCUUUCCUAAGGAAAUGCCUUUUAGAUUGGUUUUUGAAAGCAGAUGCUCUCAUUCCUACAUUACUGCUUUUCAUAUGUAUGAAAUGACAUGCUACCAUUUUGCUUUUUUAAAAAAUGAAUUUGCAUUUGUAUACUUGUAAAAACUUCAUUAAAAAGUAAAAUUGA